UUAAAGAAAGCGGGUUUUACUUAUCUCAUUUAAGGAUGUGGAUCUGAUGUCGAAAUCAGUGGGUUUUACUGAUUUUUUUUACUGAUUUUGUCGAUGCACAGGGAAAAAUAAAACUAUAGGUUUUACUUUCGGUUCGUCCGAUGGUGGUGCAAUGGACCAGUCUUCAACGCUUCAUCGAUUACAAAUUAUUUGGGACUCUGAUAGUGACACCGAACAGUAUUCAGUUGGCAAGCAGACAGUGGCAAAAACAUCAGAUCCAGAACUAACGAAACCAGAUGUACAUCAUUAUAUCACAGUGAAAAGAUUGGAUUUCUUCGAAAUGCAGUACAAGCUGAAAGAAAAAUCAGAAGAAAUUGAAGACCUUUCUACAAAGUUGAGACUAAGCAAAUAUGCCAAUCAACACCUGAUGGAGGUAAAUCCAAACAUCGCGCUGCCGGAUCUGAGUGACACCCACCGCCCCACAAGACUGGGGGAGAUGUACAGUCAGCUGUUUGAUGACGAGUGGUCGGAGGCAUUCGAGGCCUUCAAACCCAAAACUGAAGACGAGGACGACGACAUCUUCCCUGAUACACUGUUUAUCCUCCAGGAUCUGUUGACGAAUAUUUUUGAAUUUUGCAAAGACCAAUCAAAAAGCCAGACACUUCACAUUGAAGAUAGCUUUGCUGUUGCUAUAGAAUUAAAAGAACCACAGGUAUUAAAGAAACAAUACGCAGCAACACAAACGGAGAAUACAUUUGAUGAAAACAAUAGCAGACAUCAGGCGAUAAAAAAUGGUGGGCAGAGAGAUCAUAGUCAGCAGACUAAUAAAUAUAUAGUUGGAGAGGAAUUAUUCAAUCAAACACCAAAUGAGAAAACCCCCAAAGGAUCAGAAGAGGGAAAGACAGAGACUAAUAAAUCAGACAGUUCUCAGAAAGAUCCAGCACAAGAACGAGGAAAAGAAGAUAAACAGCCAGAAAACAAUGACUACAGGAAGAGUCUUAUUUACCCAACAAUUGACAGACACGCCCGAGACUUCCAAAAGGCAGUUGCAUCCACUUCAGCUAAAACCAAAUCAAAGUUGUUCAUUGCAUCUGAGCUCCCCUUUCUGAUACCAGACCAGACUGUCCGAGCAGAUGUCCGUGUGUUGACAUAUGUGAGGAAGUGUGUAGAGCUUUGUUGGUACAUGUGUAUGCAGGACCCACCAAUGGUGAUCGUCUCACCCAAACAAGGACAGCUGGUGGACAAGGCCUUAUUCUCCUUCCAUGGACGCCGCGGGAAGAUUGUGAAGGUGUGUGUGUGGCCGGCGCUUUUUCUCCAUGAAAACGGACCCCUGGUGUGUAAAGGAUACGUACUUCCGGAGGAGAGGAAUCGCCAUAGAUAGAGAUAUUUUUUAUUUAGCUCUUUUGUUUUGAUUGCAAUAAUCAAAUUAUUUCUAUAAAACAUUUGUCAGACGUAAUACAAUUGAAAAAAAAAUCUUAGAUAAAUUAAUGAUAUUUUGAUCAAUCUGCUUUUUGUUGGUAUACAACGAGAUUAUAUUCUUGUUGUUAUACUAGUACAUGUAUAUAUAAUAUAUAUGUAUACACUGAUUUUUUACAUAUACAUUUGGUCUACAACAAAUACUGACUUUUAAAAAUGCACAGUUUUCUUGAAAAUUGUAUCAAAUCAUUCAAACUAACCAAUUAUUACAAGGACAUUUCUGUGAUUAAAAGGUAGUUGCAACAUAUCAAAUUACUGUGGAAAAGCAAGUUGAAGGGGCUUGUUGAAUAUCGCAUCGAAAACGUUUGUGUGCUGUUUAAUGUGUU